AGAGAGAGAGAGAGAAGGGAGGAAGAGCGAGAAAAUGACGCUGACAGUGUAUGCAGAUCGCAUGUCGCAACCUUCCCGCGCAAUUAUCAUUUUCUGCAAAGUAAAUGGGAUAGAUUUUGAAGAAGUGAGAAUCGACCUCGCCAAACGCCAGCAGUUAUCUCCUGAAUUUCAAGAAAUAAAUUCCAUGAAGAAAGUGCCUGCUAUAGUUGAUGGGAGAUUCAAGCUUUUUGAGAGCCAUGCGAUUCUGAUAUAUUUGGCUUGUGUAUUUCCUGGAGUUGCUGAUCAUUGGUAUCCGGCCGACCUGUUCCAAAGAGCGAGAGUUCACUCUGUGCUGGAUUGGCAUCACUCAAAUUUGCGUAGUGGCGCAGCUGGAUAUGUACUGAAUUCAACUCUUGGACCUGCACUCGGGCUGCCUCUGAAUCCGGAAGCAGCAGCUCAAAGCGAGAAACUCCUUUUGGCCUCUCUUAGAAAGAUCGAAUCUUUUUGGCUUAAAGGAAGAGGGCGUUUCCUACUUGGAAGCUCCCAACCUUCUAUUGCGGAUCUCAGUUUAGUAUGUGAGAUCAUGCAGCUUGAGCUUGUGGAUGAAAAAGAUCGAGAACGGAUCUUGGGCCCCCACAAAAGAGUUAUGAAGUGGAUCGAUGACACGAAGAAUGCAACGAGGCCUCAUUUUGAUGAAGUACAUUCAGUCCUCUUCAAAGUUAAAGAGAAGCUGCAAUCUACAAGGCAAAAUGUGCUGCCCUCUAAGAUGUAAAGGACAUGAGACAUGAGAAAUCAGCUCUAAUAUGUUAAACAUUGUUUGACCCAUGAUGGGUUUUUUUAGGAGUUUAUUCUCACACAUUACCAAACAUAGAUUUUGUGCAUGUAAUUCAUAAGUUUAUGUUCUCUCUUUAUUUUUUUCUUUUCUUAUAGGAGAAAUAAAUAUUUUAAAA